CCAGUUUGACGUCACACAGGGAGCCUGGUUCGGUUUGCUGUCAUCGACGUAGAAGGGAAGGGCAUGACAUGGAUCAAAAUUUUCCGAUGUAUAAUAAUUUAUGCGUCGUAGCUUGUUAAAAUUUGUUUUUUUGUUGCUGUUUCUAUGUACCACAUUAGCGGUUUAUUUCGUUUUGACAUAUUGAACAACCAGUGGCUAGCAUACCGGCUGCCUAUCUUGUAGCUUACUGUAACUGUAACUGUCAAAGGUAACCGUUAACAUUAGCUAGCUAACGCUAAUUCAAACAGAAAGCUUCCGCAUGGCGUUAAUCCUAUUUACGAGGUCUCGGGCACCUUUAGUGAAAACCUCUAGGUCGUUAAAAAAUGAAUUCAAGAAAGGUAAAGGAAAAGCACAAGAUGGUCCCUGUUUCAACUGCACAGCACUCAGACUCUCCAGUCAAAAACUUGAUGGGCUCCGACUUGGCAGUGUGGCCCAGGUCUCGUCAUCCGGUCCUUCCCUUCCUUUGUCAGACGGAUAUGUGGGCCCCUACCACAGCCUGGACUUUCAGCGCCUCUACUGUGGUUUUUUGUUGGGGGCCCCCUCUUCGCUGCACCCCGCGAUCACAGCGGGGGCCCAGUGGACACUAGCACGACCAAGGGACGCCUGCGCCGUUAGGUGGAUACACACCUCCAGCAGGAGAUGGGACGACUCCAAGGUGGAGAAGUCCCUGCGUUCGCUAAAGGACAAGAAGAAGAAGCUCGAGGAGGGAGGGCCGGUGUACAGCCCGACGCUGGACGCACCUGUGAGACGGACAGUCCGGCAGUGGGUCGUAGAUGAAGUCAAGCACUACUACCACGGCUUCAGGCUGCUGUGGAUCGAUACCACCAUCGCUGGGCGGAUGCUGUGGAGGGUGCUGAACGGACACCCCCUGUCCCGCCGCGAGAGGAGACAGUUUCUCAGAACGUGUGCCGACGUCUUCCGACUCCUUCCCUUCCUGGUGUUCAUCAUCGUCCCCUUCAUGGAGUUCCUGCUCCCCGUAGCUCUGAAACUCUUCCCCAACAUGCUGCCGUCCACCUUCGAGACAAAGUCAAAGAAGGAGGAGAGGUUGAAAACGGAGCUGAGAGUCAAACUGGAGAUGGCCAAGUUCUUGCAGGACACCAUCGAGGAGAUCGCCCUGCGGAACAAGGCUGCCCAGGGGAACGUGACCGAGGAGUUCUCCACCUUCUUCCAGAAGAUCCGGAACUCCGGGGAACGUCCCAGUAAUGAGCAGAUCAUCAAAUUCUCCAAACUGUUUGAGGACGAGCUGACUCUGGACAACCUGACCCGGCCUCAGCUAGUGGCUCUCUGCCGCCUCCUGGAGCUCCAGUCGAUAGGGACCAACAACUUCCUCCGCUUCCAGCUCAUCAUGAAGCUCAGGAACAUCCGGGCAGAUGACAAGCUGAUAGCCGAGGAAGGGGUGGAGAGUCUGAACGUGAACGAGGUGCAGGCAGCGUGUCGCGUCAGAGGGAUGAGAUCUCUAGGAGUCACAGAGGAACGACUGAGAGAACAGCUCGCCCAGUGGCUGGAGCUGCAUCUGAACCAGCAGAUCCCCACGUCCCUGCUGCUGCUGUCCCGGGCCAUGUUCCUCCCCGACACGCUUUCCCCCGCCGACCAACUGAAGACCACACUGCAGACGCUGCCCGAGAUGGUGACGAUGGAGGCCCAGUUGAUGGUGGCAGAGAUGGAGCUCUCCAAGGUGGACAACAAGGCCAAGGUGGAGACCACGCUGCAGGAGGAGGCGGCUAUACGCCAGGACAACAAGGAUCGGGAGAAUGAGAGGCGGGCCGACGCUGCGGAGAAGGCUGCAAGGGAGGGGGAGUUGGAGUUUGAAGCCGAGCCUGUUAAAGCUGACGUGGCUGCACAUUCAGAGACGCUGAGGGACCCAGCACCGGUCAUAGAAGGAAUCAAGUUUGAACAGUGGCAGACAUUCCUGCGCUACCAGGGUGAGGAGAUCACCAAAGAAGAGAUUGACCUGUUGAGUGACGCGUGCUCAAAGCUGAAGGGCCAGAAGAGGCUGUUGACUCUGGAGAAAGAAGAGCUGGAAGAACUGAAGGACGAUGUCCAGGAAUAUAACGAGGAUCUGGAAGAGAUAAAGAAAGAGCUUUCUAAAACGGGCCAAGAAAAGGCUCUUGAGGAAUCAAAGGCGAGCCAGCGUCUGUCCAAGAGAGUCAACCGCAUGAUCGGUCGCAUUGACAAGAUCAUCGGGGAGCUGGAGAAGGACAAAGUCAUCCUGGACGGACAGAUGGACAGUGGGACCAGCCCGCCUGUCGGAUUAUUCUUUAUUAAAAAAAGUGAUCCCAUAAGUCUGUUCUACACCUUCAGGGAGAACUUGAUCAGCAUCGACGAGCUGAUCGGCGUCAUGCGGCAGAUCCAGAACAUUCCCGAGCACAAGCUGCAGAGCAUCGCCGAGGCCCUCGACGACAACAAGGACGGCAAGAUUGACAUCGACGACGUCAUCAAAGUGGUGGAACUGAUCGACAAGGAGGACAUAGACAUCUCCACCACCCAGGUGGCCGACAUCAUGCUGAUGCUGCAGAAGGAGGAGAAGCUGCUGGAGAAGGAAAAGGCCAAAGAUAAAGCGGAGAAGGAACAGGCAGCCACACUCAACAACUAACUCAUUUCCCAUAAAGACACAUAGCCGUGUAAAACCCGGUCACAGAAGACUCUGGCCCCCAAAUGGUUCUGGAGAGAGAUAUUUAAUGUCAUUUCAACAUAAAUUUGAGCUCCUAAAAAUGAAUUGUUAUACAAUUAAAAAGAAGGCAUAUUGCCUUUAAAAAUGCACAAAAUCAAGUAAAAAGAAACAGUGUAAUGUAAAUGUUAAAUCUUUCUGGACUGAUAUGUUGAUACUUGGUUUUGUGAAAUUUUCCUCAAUAAUUUAUUGACAGAGGGAACAAAUGACAUGAAACCGUGAUUGUUCUCGUGACUGAAGAGAAGGCAAAUUGAACAAAAAACUAUGUUUGGAAAAUACAUAUUAGGAGAAUUCUUGUUUUAAGUUUGAGGUGAACCGUCUUGCCUUUCAUUUCAUUUAUGUCAUCAUAUCAGAGAAAUGAGAGAUCAUUUCUGGAAUUUUGCACAGUAAAAAAAAUCAUCGUCAUUACCAUCAUUUUACUCACUUACUUUCUUCUUUUGAUUGUUUAUUCAUCAUACUCUUAUAUUGUAAAGUAACCUGUUAUUUUCUUUUUCUGAAUUGUACUUGGACAGGGUAGCUUAUUGCGGUAGGAGGAUAGAAUGGUGGCUGCAAACCAUAUAUAUAUAUAUACACGCAGCCUAGAAAUUCAUUCAAAAACAUAGAAUAAUGUGUGAGUUUGAAGAGCAGAAUU